AUGGUCACCCGUAUACAAUCCACCCCAACAGAGGUUGCUAAUGACAACGUCUUAGACGGCGAAUACGAGGGCCACCGCAAUGCCAAGGGAAAAGCACCCGAAUUCCCUACUCUUACCGGACCGCCUAACGAGAAACGUACUCCUCUCCUCGUCUCAGGAUGUCUCGUUACUUUUGACGAUGGGCUCGCAAUAAAACACGUUGUCUCCUCAUUCGAUCUACGAGUGGUUCACGUUAGCGGUCUUCCCAUCAAUACGGCGGCAGGAGACGUCCAAAACCUGCUGUUAUCGCACGGAAUAGAUACCACACAUUUCGUCGUCACUAGUGUCGACUCUACAGCGCAAACGCUUUAUUCAACCGCAACCGCCCUAACGAGCGCCGACCACGCAUCCACGCUCUCCUCUCUAUCUUACAAUGGGCGACCCCUCGACGUCUCGAUUUCCGCAUACACUCCUCCCUGCAGCAUGCGCCUCACAUCAACAGACUCCGACCCCAACACCCUGCACAUCUCCUGGCCUGCCCCAUGCGUAGACUACACCGUCGUCUACAUCGACGACGACGGCGGCGACACCUCCGCACGCACCAAAGUCCCCCUGCUGAACGGCGGGCUCUGCGCCGGCCGGCCCGUGCGCGUGCGCCUCAACACGCUGCCGCCCGGAACGCGCGAGCCGCCGCUGCACUGGCGCGCGAACUCGAUUGUGCUUACGGAUGUGCCGCUGUGGGCGAAAGAUGAGGACGUGCGGGCGUUUGCGGGCUCGCCGUUCGUGCGCCGUAUGGAGGGGCGGCUGUUCGAUGCACAGGCUGCCGUGCGCUGGACGGAACGCGAUGUCGGAUGGGCUUCGAGGGGUGCGGUUCGGUUCGAGAUGGUUUCUGAGGGGCCGGAUCCGGUGGAUGGGGUUGUGCGUGUGAAGGCGAGGUAUGAGCGCGCCGAGGACGCGAGGCGGGCUAUGGAGGGGUUGGAGAGGAUGGGGUGUGGGUAUAUGGCGAGGGGGAAGAGGGAGGUGAGGAUGGGGGAGCUGGUUGAGUGUGUGGUGGAGGCGCCCGAGGAUGUGUUCUGCAGAGUACAGGGUAAGUGGUAUGAGCUGGGUAAGGCCGCUCGGUCGCGGAGGAAGGAUGCAUGCAAGCUUUGGGUGGAGCGGCUGGAGUCGACUGUGCGGGUGCAUUUGUCUGGCGUGACACAAGAGGCUGUGGGGCCGGUGAAGGUUCGUGUCGAAGAGCUCAUCCGCGGAGAGAAGGCUCGCUGCGACUGGCCUGACGAAGCUGGUGAAGAGCAAGAGGAUCGUUUGACUGCUAUUACCUGCGACGGUCUCGCUUCUUCUUGCCCAGUCUGCCUUGGCCAGGUCUCGUCUCCGGUUUCCAUUGGGUGUACCCACGUCUAUUGCCGCGCAUGCCUCGUCCAUUUCCUCGCAUCCGCCGCAUCUAUAUCGUCCGCCAACGACGGUCCACGCAUGUUCCCUCUGCAGUGUGUAGGUGGCGACGGAAAAUGCAACGCCCCCAUCGCCAUGGACGUCAUUCAUCGUAUUCUCACUCCAGAACGGCUUGGCGCCCUCCUGGAAACCUGCACCCAGAUAUGCGCCUUGUCCAGCAACGAGAACGGGGGCACAGACGAGUUCGCGCGGUGCCCAUCGUGCUUCUCCCGCGUCUGUACGGUGUACAGGCCUGUCGUCGAGCCCGAUGUGGAAGAGCGAAAGACAAGCGCGUGGGUGACAGAGCAGAGUGGACGCGUUGCGCCCUGCCCGUCCUGCGGCGUGCUGAUCGAGAAGGGGGAAGGGUGCAACCACGUCGCGUGUCGGUGCGGCGCGCAUAUCUGCUGGCGCUGCAUGGGGACGUUCGAGCGCAAGGAUGUGUACAGGCACAUGAACGAGGCGCAUGGUGGUAUAGGCGCGCCUGGACUGUUACCUGAGGUGGAUAUGCAGGAGCAGCGCAUGUUAAUAAGGGAGGCUGAGGAGAGGCAGCGUGCGUUUGGGCUUGGUCAGAUGCCUUGGGCGCAGCGUCGUGCGGGUGAGAGGGUGUAG